AUGAAGAAGAAGAUGAGAUUUCAAGGUGUUUUUUCCAGCUGUUUAAAGAUUGAUGAGUGCCUUAAUAAUCCACGGCCAAAAGAAGCUGUUUACAAGAAACAUUCUUCAUAUAGAAGGAUUUCACUAACAGACUUGAGCAGUUCAACACUAUCUGAAGAUUUAUCUGCUUCUUUAGCAGGCUCCAAUCUUUAUAUAUUUACACUUCAAGAACUGAAGGUGAUUACUCAGAACUUCUCAUCGAGUAAUUUUCUCGGCGAAGGAGGGUUCGGGCCUGUCCACAAAGGAUUCAUUGAUUACAGACUCAGGCCCGGUUUGAAGGCACAGCCUGUGGCAGUGAAGCUCCUGGACUUGGAUGGUGCACAAGGUCAUAGAGAAUGGCUGACUGAAGUGAUUUUUCUUGGUGAAUUGAGACAUUCACAUUUGGUGAGGCUGAUUGGAUACUGUUAUGAAGAAGAACACAGGCUUCUGGUAUAUGAAUACAUGCCUCGAGGCAGCCUCGAAAAUCAACUCUUCAAAAAAUAUUCGGUUCCACUUCCAUGGUCAACAAGAAUGAAAAUUGCUCUUGGAGCUGCAAAAGGACUUGAUUUCCUUCAUGAAGCUGAAAAGCCUGUCAUAUACAGAGAUUUUAAAACUUCAAACAUUUUGCUAGACGCAGAUUACACUGCCAAACUCUCAGAUUUUGGGCUGGCGAAGGAUGGUCCAGACGGGGAUCACUCGCAUGUGUCAACGCGUGUUAUGGGCACAAGAGGUUAUGCUGCCCCUGAAUACAUUAUGACAGGUCACUUGACAGCAGCAAGUGAUGUAUACAGCUUUGGAGUAGUACUCUUGGAGCUUCUAACAGGCAAAAGAUCGGUACACAAAACCCGUCAUCAUAAAGAACGAAACCUUGCAGAGUGGACGAGGCCUAUGUUGAAGAAUCCUAGGAAGCUUAGCAGGAUAAUGGAUCCAAGACUCGAAGGCCAGUACUCUGAAGUGGGGGCUCAAAAAGUUGCUGCCGUAGCUCACCAAUGCUUAAGCCAUAGGCCAAAACUUAGACCUAAAAUGUGCGAAGUGAUUAAGAUUUUGGAGCCAUUAAAACUACUUGAUGACAGCACAAUUGGCACAUUUGUAUUUGAAGUUUCAACAGAUAGUCAUUUGCAGAAAUAA